AUGGAGCAAGGAAAUGAAUCCUCCACCACAGAUUUCAUUCUCCUUAGCUUUUUCUCUGACUCCCAGCAUCCUAGGUUCCUCAUCUCUAUUGUCCGUCUGAUUUUUGGGGUGGCAGUCACAGGAAAUUCCAUCCUGGUCCUGCUGAUCUGGAGUGAUGCUUGCCUCCACAUGCCCAUGUACUUCCUGCUCAGCCAGCUCUCCCUCAUGGAUCUAAUGUUAAUUUCCACCACUGUCCCCAAGAUGGCCACUAACUUCUUCUCUGGACAUGAAUUUAUCUCUCAUAUUGGCUGUGGAGUCCAAAUUUUUCUGUACUUGAUGCGAGGAGUGGCUGAGUGCAUUCUUCUCACUCUCAUGGCCUUUGACCGCUAUUUGGUCAUUUGUAACCCCCUCAGAUAUCCCAUAAUCAUGACUCCCCGAGUCUGUAUGCAAAUGGCCACUGGCUCAUGGGCUGGGCGUGUGCUUAUCUCCUUAAUGCACACAAUUUAUGCCAUGCACUUUUUUACUUGCGGCUCCAGGAAAAUUGACCAUUUCUUCUGUGAGAUAAUGGCCCUUCUGAAGCUCUCUUGUGAGGACACCUCCAUCUAUGAGAAAGUGGUGUUACUGUCCAGCAUUGCUUUCCUUCUCAUCCCUUUUGGACUCAUUCUGACAUCCUACAUAUUCAUCUACCUUACUGUUCUCCACAGGAACUCUCCUGAGGGACAAAACAAAGCUCUAGCUACCUGUUCCUCCCAUCUUUGUGUGGUAAGUCUCUACUUUGGUCCAGCCAUGAUUAUCUGCAUGACUCCAGGUUCCACUCUCCCCUCAGAGAUGGACCAGCAUCUCUUUGUGUUUGAUGUAAUCAUUAUUCCCAUGCUUAACCCCCUCAUCUACAGCCUGAGGAACAAGGAGGUGUUGGGGGCUCUGAGGAAGGCUCUAUGGAGAAAGCUGAUGUUCAAGCAGAGAAGAUAAUGUCACUUGUACCUUAAAACACUCAGAAUCUUUUUUUUUUUUAACAUUUUUUACUAUUUAUUCAUGAGAGACACAGAAAGAGGCAGAGACACAGGCAGAGGGAGUAGCAGGCUCCAUGCAGAAGCCCGAUGCAGGACUCAAUCCCAGAACUCUGGGAUCAUGUCCUGAGCUGAAGACAGAGGCUCAACUGCUGAGCCACCCAGGCGUCCCAAACACCCAGAUUCUUUAUUGUUCUCCUAGUUAAUGCUAAUGCUAUUACGAAAAACUGAACUCUGGACUUCAAUUUGCAACCCACAUUACAAAAAGUAUACUUCUUUCCUUCCAGAUUUUUUUGUAGUGUGUAAUACACUACAAUGGGGCAAGGAGUUCCUAUUUAACAGUAUUAACUAAAUUAACUGUUAGAGGCCCUGUAAACCAAAUUCUGGGAAGUGACCUAGGCAUGUAUAUUCAGCAAACUUUACAUGAUUUAAGAUAUCCUGCUGGAUAACAUGGUCCUAAUGUACCUUCUCAAACUCAUAACCUACACUCAUUAUCUAUCAAUACACUCAAUCACGCCUCAUAUUGGCUUACGCAACCUUGGACUUUUCAUAUGGUUUUUGAGUCUUCAUUUUUUAGACACAGCAUGGAAUUACCUCUGUCACAUGUGUCCAUAUAUUGAAAUGCCACUCUUCCAUGAGCUGUCUCAAAACUGUCUCUUUGAUUUCCUGGCUUCUUUAUUACAAUUGCACCAGUUUCCCUUUACAUAUGACUUGCCACAUUUUUCAAGUUCCAAAAAAUAUUAUUAAUAACAUGACUACUUACUCUAGAAACUUUCCAAAAAUACAACAAAAGGGUAAAAAGAGCCCAUAUUCUGACCAACCAAAGGAAAAUACUGUCAACAAUUUUGUAUAUAAAAUCUAUCAAUUACUUUCCAUGCAACAUGUUUUUCUUUUAAAAUCUUUUACUUUUUAACUGAAAUAUAGUUGACAUAAAAUUAUACUAGUUCCAGGUGUACAACAUAGUGAUUAGACAAUUACAUACAUUAUAAAAUGCCGGGAUCCCUGGGUGGCGCAGCGGUUUGGCGCCUGCCUUUGGCCCAGGGCGCGAUUCUGGAGACCCGGGGUCGAAUCCCACGUCGGGCUCCCGGUGCAUGGAGCCUGCUUCUCCCUCUGCCUGUGUCUCUGCC